CUGAGCAAUCAUAACUUUUUGAAACGGGGUCGUGAGGGGAGACACAUAAUUAGUUUUGGAUAUGUUGCGAUACUUCCGGUGCUAAUGGAAUCGACUGCUUUUUCGUUGGUUAUUGAAAUAAUAAAAUUGUGUUGCUAGUGUAAAAAAAAUGAAGAAAGAAGAACAAUUUUUAUUAAAAGAAAUAUUAACAUUUAUUGUUGUGGGUACAAUAAAUAAUAACGUGAUCACGUGAUUUGGAAUCAUUCGCUCAAAUAUUAACAUUGCAAUAAUGUUGUCAGUGAAGAAAUGUAAAAAAAUGUCAGUGAAGAAAUGUCGAUAAUGUUAAUAAGACAUGAAAUAAAUUUGUUUGCGAAGUUGUGGAAAAAUUAUUAAAAAUCGCUUUACACUUUACCUUUUUGGUUUAAUGAAUGAAAGAAAUAUUUAAGUGCCAUAAUCGCGAACAAUUAUCAAGUGUUGAUUUAAAUCAGUGCUACACGUGUACAGCACGCGUUGUUAUUUACAGGAAUUUUUCGGCACACGUGCGACACGUGUCGAUUAUUUACCAGAACGUGCUUGAAUGGCGUUUAAAGGGUUUCAAAUUCUUAUACUGGUAAUACGAAGGUGAAGCGGAUUAAGAAAUGCCGUAACCAUCGAAUGUACAACUUUUUUAAUACGAAAAUAUGAAAAAAUAAUGUGACAAAUAUAAAAUUAUUGGAAAUCUAUCUAGUCAGAGAAUCCAGUCAUUAUUCAUAAGUUUCUACUAUAAGUAAAUGUAAGAUAAUGUGAUACACUUUUACUCAAAGUAUUAAGUCGUAAUUAUAAUUUAAAAAUUAUCGUCAAGAAUUGAAAGAAUUGGAAGCGGAAAGAGGAAAUAUUUCGAGACGAAAUUCAAAAUAAAAAUUUACAUUUAUGAAUAUGAAAAUGUAUUCGGUGGAUAAUUUGGAAUUGGAUAUGAUAAACCGACAAUAUUUUUAUGAAGCUCAUAGUUUUUUGGGAAACACUGGAAUUCCAGGCCUAUCGACACAUUAUAAUGCCAAUAAUAUGACAACUCUUCCUACAAUAUCAGCACAAAUAUCCUCUUAUCCAUCAGGGAGUACGGGAAGUUCAAGUGGUAGCGAUCUCUACUUCUAUGAUGAAAACAGUAGUGAUAAUGAAAGCGUUUACAGCAGUGAUCAAGAAAAUCGUUCAAGAGAACAAACACGUCUUAUUCGACGAAAUUCGGGUUCUGCCAAAUGUUCUCGACAAAUCAUUCAACAAAGACAAGCAGCUAAUCUCAGAGAAAGGAGACGCAUGCAAAGCAUAAAUGACGCUUUUGAAGGAUUACGAGCCCACAUACCUACACUACCCUAUGAGAAAAGACUUUCCAAGGUGGAUACAUUAAAACUUGCAAUUGGAUACAUUAAUUUCCUGAACGAACUUGUUAGAGCAGACAAAGGGAAUGAACAAAUAAAUGGCAAUAAUAGUUUAUCGGGAAGAUGUUCACUGAGGGACGAUGCUAAAAAAAUUAUAAUUCGAGGCAGUGGUGUUAACUCUUUUAUAUCUCACUCACUUUCUUGGUCUCGAAAAUCGGAAACCUCUUCCAAUGGGACAAUGUUUGCUAAAGUAUGGACGCCAGAAGACCCGAGAAUGACGAAAUAUGAUGUAAAUUACGAGUAACAAAAUGUGAUCAACAAUAAAGAUAAUAAAUUAAUGUUUAAUUAUACAUAUCCUAAGAAAUAUGUAAUAUACUUCAUAUAAUGAGAUAUUUAUUCU